UGGCGCUCCGCAGACUCAAUAGCCCAGAAACUCCACGUGGUGUACCGUCGAACAUCGCAAAAUUUCGCGUGCGGAUAAAAAACGGUUACGUUUCUUCCGCUCCUUCCGUUGCCACAGAACACGUUCGGCCGUACUUCUAGCCUAUACGCGAUUCGCUGUCGUCACGAUAGUCAGUUAUUGUCUUCUUCGUUACGAAAUCAUUCUCAGUGAUCGAGGAGGGGGACUCGCGGGUUUCUUGUGACCGGUGGUCGAUACCCUCCGGGGGAUGGUAGCCAGGUUCAAAUGAGAGAACGAUCGUUUGCUGGCAGUCAGCUCUUUUGAACAAGCGAGAAGAGGGUGGUAAAUCGAAGGAAGGCUCGUUGUCCAAGACCUUUGCCGGUGUCGAGGGAAGAAUGGGCAAGGGUUGGAAAGGUGCAAAGGAAUUCGUCGGCAUCGAAGAUGUGACGAAGUUCGACUUUCUGGUCAUGAUGUUCGCCGAGGCACUUGGAACAAUGCUUCUGGUGCUUAUCGGCUGUGCGUCCUGCAUCACGUGGACCGCUGAUAACCCACCCACCGUCGUGCACAUUGCGUUUACCUUCGGUCUCGCUGUGGCAAGCCUGGCACACGUAUUAGGACCAGUUUCAGGCUGUCAUGUGAAUCCAGCUGUAACAGUCGGCCUUCUAAUCAGCGGAAAUUGCUCGUUUCUGAAAGCAAUAUGCUACAUCAUUUGUCAAUGUUGCGGCGCCAUCGCGGGUUCCGCAGUGUUAAAGGUGCUGAUCCCAACAACAGCAGCUCGUAAUGGCUUGGGUGCCACUGCUCUUUCCCUGUCAGUCACCGAGAGUCAAGGUCUCUUCAUGGAAGGUAUCAUCACUUUCCUCCUGAUUCUGGUCGUCCACGCAGUGACCGACCCCAAGAGAACCGACACGAGGGGAUGGGCACCGAUGGCGAUCGGAUUGGCCAUUACCGUGGCUCAUAUGGCAGCCGUGCCCGUUACAGGAAGCAGCAUGAAUCCUGCCAGGACGUUAGGUCCUGCUGUCAUCCUAAGCGAAUGGAAGAACUUAUGGAUUUACUGGGUUGGGCCGAUUAUGGGAGCUUGCGCUGCCGGUGGCCUCUACAGGGUGGCGUUUAGACGCAAGGAGGACGAUGAAGCAUCUUACGAUUUCUGAAAACAGAAUUCAAAAUCGCUAUCCCUAGUGAUGGACCCUCCUUGAAAAGAAAGAAAACUGUCUUAACUCUUUCAGACACGGCGUCCACAAUUGAGGACACAAAAUUUAAAAAUUACCGACACUAUAGUUUAGGACGAAUGUCCAGUUUUCCUCGAAAACUACACUAUUAGGAUUUUUGUUUAAAUUUUUUCCAUAAUAACUGUAAUCCAAGUUCACCCUAAAAAUUAAAUUACAUUAGUACGAGAAGAAAAUAAUUCAGAUCUGAAAGGGUUAAUUAUUAACUGCAAUCACUGGGUCGUAUUUUAUACAAAAGAAGCAAAUUUUUCAUUUAAAGAUCAGGGUCAGUUAAACGAUCAGUGUUCCCGAUCCUCACUUCAAGUAUUUAUUUAUUACUCUAAAGUUUAGACAGUUUAAAAAUCAAAAGGAUUUUGAUCGAGUAAAAUACAUGACAAUUUCUUCCUAGUCUCGCAUAUGGAAAAAAAUAUUUAUCUAAAGGCUUCGAUUCUGUGUUUGAGUUAUCUUCGAUACUGCUACCAUUACAAAUCGUUAUUAAAUUAAUUAUUCUAAUGAAUAUUAAGACACUAAUUAUGAAUUCACAGAGUGAAACUACUGUUUUAUAACUCAUUAAAAUAAUCGACUUUCGAUACAACGAUUUCUAAUGUUUACAAUAUUGAGGAUGAUUUAAGUACUGUGUUGUAAUAUUUAAAUAAACAUAUUCUUGUUCGAGCAAGACCAGAAAGAAAUGACGCUGUAUUAAACAGAUUUAAGUAUAGAAAUAUUCAGUGUGGAAGACGUAAACAGUGAUCAUUUGGUUUUAAACAAAAAGACUUCCUUUUCUCGAAUCAAAUAUGAUUUAGUGAAGGUAGUUAAAAGUUAACAUUAGAAAACAGUGAGACACUGUUCACGGUACUGAAAUAAAUCUUUCACGAUGAAUCUCACGGGAAAAUCAUCGUUCAAUUUACAGGAGAAAGUGGAAUUAUUUCUCCUACCCGAUGUUCUGCAUAAACUUUUACGAUUUUAAAAAUCCGAAGGGAAUGUGGAAAUUUUAUUUAUUAUAGAUUGACCAGUCCUUCAAGAAACCAUGUUCUUGCAUUUUCUUCCAUAUUGCUAUUGACCUCUUCAUAGACGAGUUAUAUUCGCAAAAAAAAGCUGACUAGCAGUUUCAUUCUUCUUCCCUACAGAGAAAUCAAUUUAAUUCUGGAUUAAUUGAUUGAAUUUAACAAAAGUUAUUUGUUUAUACAUUCCAAGCGCAGAAACUCUCUUUUUCUAAGAAAAGGGGAGGAGAGCACCUUCCAAAAAGUUUCGAAAUCACUGUUAUAGCAAUAACAAAUCCGAUUUACAAGACAGUAAAUUGAUUGUGUUAUUAUCGUACAAAAAUAAUGAGUAUUGAACCACUCCUUCGUGGAUCGUGAAAAUUCAGUCUUCUUAAUUAGAAAUACAUUUAAUAAUAAAAAUAAAUAAAAAAAGACGUUUCAAAAUAGAUGUGCUUGCACUGGAGACUCAAGUAAUUUACAAUCGAAUAUCUGAACGAAUUUACUUUUAAUUCUUCACUAUCCAUUCUUUCUGUAAGGGCUCGCAAUAGUUUUCGCAAACAAUGAAACAAAGAAAGUAUGUAAAACAAUAUUUAAUUUGAAAAGGCUAAUCUCAGUCUAAAAACAACUGUUCAAAUUUGGUCGUUACCAAUAAUGUAAUCGAUGUAUUUGUAUUGAUACUAUUUUAAAACAAAAA